UCCGGGGUCGCAAGACACAGGCACGGGUGCCACGAGGGGCACGCCGCGAGGGACGGCAGGAGGCCGGACGCAGUAGUUCAGGGGAGACAUCCUCGCAACGCGCAUCGGAUUCCUCCGGAUCUUUUGCUUUUUUAGGCGACGACAGCGCUCCCUCAAGCAGCGGGGAACGCGAAGGAGGCGCCCCAGAACCCGGCGCGGCAGCUGCGACCAAACCACGACAGACGAGGGUCACUCACAAGGCGGCACCCAAGAAGGGACUUCAAUCGUGAUUAACAUCUCUAAAAAGGUACUGUCACAAUCUGAACUGAAUUUGUUACAGAAGGGUUUAUCUUUUUGUCCAUCCUCUAAGCUGGAUACCUUUUCGCUGGACAUUGACCUGCAAAGGUUCUAUAGACUCUUACGUUUAAAAGUUCAGUUCAUGGAUAAAGAAGUUAGAGGGACUAAGGCUGAUAUUGGAGCAUUAACUCCACAACAAUUUGAUUUGUAUAAAAAGAGCAAAUACCUUCCCCCUACUUCUUUUCAUCCAGUGGAAACUGUUAUAUCCCUUAUGUCUAGGGAUAUUAAUCAGUUCAUACAAGAUCCUAAGGGGCUUAGAAAUAUGCGGUAUAAUAACAACUUAACUCAAAUUGAACGGGAGUCCCUUAAAGUGUUGAUGGGAGAUAAAGAUGUGAUAUACAAACCAGCUGAUAAGGGGGGAGCAUUGGUUAUCUUGGAUAGGGAAUACUAUAUACAGGAGAUAUUGAGCCAAUUGAGUAAUAGAGAUACCUAUAUACAGCUUGAUAAAGAUCCCACUGAUGAAAUUACUGGCUUAAUAUCUGAAGUAUUGUCUCGCUAUCAUGAACAGGGUGUAGUGACUGAUAGUUUGAAGGAUUACCUUACAAAAGAAUUUCCAUGUAUACCAGUGCUCUACACCCUCCCCAAGAUACACAAGAAUCUUCAAUCCCCUCCAGGACGUCCCAUAGUGGCCGGCGUUAAUUCGGUCUUAUCCCCGUUAUCAAUCUUUUUGGAUAAAGUACUAGCGCCUUUUGUCCAGUGUGAUCUCAAAUGUUGCGUGUUAAGCGCAUAGUUACAGAGGAGGAACAGCUCAAUACACGUUUGGAUGAGAUGACCAUGAAGUUUACACAGAGGGGCUAUCCCAGACAGAUACUUGAUCAGGAGGUAGCCAGAGUGAAGGAAUUGGAUCGCACCUCUAUCAUACAGGACAGAACACGUGAUAUAUCUAAAAAAACACGCAUACCAUUUGUACAUACAUAUCAUCCGUGUACUCGUAAAAUUCAUCACAUUAUUUACAAGCACUGGCCCUUAUUACGUAAAGCCUAUCCUACUAUUCCUGAUUUUCAGGAACCACCACUGUUAUCAUAUAAACGUACACGGAACCUAAGAGAUAGAUUGGUCAAGGCUGACCUUGGUACCCAGAAGGUUCAGGCACAGAGGGUUUUGGGCCCCUUAAAGAAUGGUAUGUUUCCAUGUGGGAGGUGCAAUCAAUGUUCCAGUGUGAUUCGCACCAAUAUGUUCACUCACCCACAAACAGGGAGGAAAUUUGAGCUACGAGGACAUUUUACAUGCGAUACAGAGUAUGUAGUCUACAUGCUCAAAUGCCCAUGUGGCUUAGCUUACAUUGGUGAAACAAUUCAACCCAUACGUGAUCGCAUUAGUCAGCAUAAGUCCACAAUUCGAAAGGAAGUACUCAAAUUACCAGUUCCAGCUCAUUUUCAUUCGGCGCGACAUUCUGUAGCAACCCUCAGAUUCCUUGUGUUGGAAUCUAUUGCCCCCCCAC